UGAUAUCGCGCAAUAAUCUGUCAUAAUCUGUCUGUCAAACCUUCAUCCCUGCAAUCUAACUGCCAAUGACAGUUCAUUAUUUUCAUUAUUUGUUAUUGUUGUGUGCAAACCAGUUAUUUUUAUGAGAAAAAAUGAAUCGACGUCAAGCUUUAAUCCGAUUGUUGAUAGAAGUGAGAAAAAGGCGGAGAAUAAAUGCUUCUAGAAUACCUAGAGUAUGGUGGGUCAGGCCAAUUUUUCUGGAAAGACGAGAACAAGGAGCUUGGUUGAAGCUCGUUCCAUCUUUACGUGAAACAGACCCCAAAAUGUUCUAUAAUUUUCUUCGAAUGUACCCUGCUCAGUUUGACGCACUUCUGUCUUUAGUACAAUGUGGACUACAAAAAUUUUCCAUACGUGAGGCAAUUUCUCCCGGUGAAAGAUUAUGUAUCACAUUGAGAUAUUUGGCGUCCGGUGAUAUCAUGACCUCGUUGUCCUAUUUAUUCCGUGUGGCAAUAUCAACAAUCAGUUGCAUAGUAUUCGAAACAUGUUCCGUUCUAUGGAACAUUUUAUCAACAAUAGUGUUCGACAAACCCAGAGAAGAAACUUGGAGGAAAAUCUCGGAAGAAUUUGAGACUCGCUGGAAUUUUCCACACUGUAUUGGUGCUCUAGAUGGAAAACAUUGCAUGGUACAGGCUUUUGCGAACUCUGGAUCAGAAUAUUUCAAUCACAAAAGACAUCACAGUCUAAUACUUUUGGCCUUAGUUUCUGCAGAUUAUAAAUUUGUAAUAGUGGACAUUGGAGCAGAUGGUAGACAUAAUGACGCAGGAGUGUUCAAUUCAUCUCUGCUUGGACAGGCUUUGAGGGAAGAUACACUGAAAAUCCCACCUCCUUCUGUAUUACCUGGUACAAAUGAAAUGUUUCCAUACACUAUGGUUGGUGAUGCAGCAUUUCAAUUGAAAACAAAUCUUAUGAGACCAUACGGAGGAGAAUUCUUACCUCCAGACAAAUUAAAUUUCAACUAUCGUUUAUCCAGAGCCAGGAAUGUGGUGGAGAACGCUUUUGGAAUUCUCGCUUCUCGAUGGAGAAUUUAUAGAAAGCCAAUUGCUGCUCGAAAAGAUUUAGCGAAAAAUAUGAUUAGGGCGACUGUGUGCUUGCACAAUUACCUUAUAAUAAAUUAAAUGCGCAAACGACCUUCACAACGCAAUUACAUUGCGCCCAAUAUAGCAGAUGUUUAUGAUUGCACUGGAUAGUAUAUUCCAGGACAGUGGAGGGAAGACACAACAGAAUCUGAUGCCAUUCGAAGACUUCCUUCAUCUUUGAGGAUAUGUGCUCGUAACUUUUCUACUGAGGCUAAUGCUGUUCGUGAGAAAUUUACUGACUCUUUCCUUGGACCAGGUUCAGUAAAGUGGCAAUGGAGGAAGAUACCAGUGACUAAUAGUAGUGCAUAACGAGGAAUGAAUG